AUGAGAAUUGAAUACUUAGUUGCGUUCUUUGUCACUAUUUGGACAGUGGUUGCUGAAUCCUCCAAAGUAACCGAGAAUGUUUCGGCUGAAGGUGAUCCUAAGAUCGGAAGAGUUGUUAUCCUUGAGGUCGAGCAAAAUAAGGAAAUUAUUGGAAACCUAACGCUAGGAAUAUUUUAUGAUGAUGUUCCAAAGACUGCCAAAAACUUCUAUCUUUUGGCCAAAACCCAGAAGUACACGGGAACUCUUUUUCACAGGGUGAUAAAGGACUUUAUGAUUCAAGGGGGAGAUAUCGAUGGAAGCGGCGGUUAUUCUAUAUAUGGAAAAGAAAGGGGAUCUAUGCCAGAUGAGAACUUUAAAAUUAAACAUGAUAGACCAGGACGGCUCGCAAUGGCUAAUGCUGGACCAGACAGCGCUCUUUCACAAUUUUAUAUCACUAUGAAGGCAACUAGCUGGUUGGACGGACAUUAUGUAGUGUUCGGGCAACUUAUCGAUGGAUUUGACACCCUCAAGAGUAUUGACAUUACCGAAACUGAUCGGAACAAUAAACCAAAAAACGAUGUCAACAUACAUUCCGUUUAUACCUAUCUUUCUGAUGGCACCUUAGAUAACACGUUAACCGAUGAGGAAAGAACAUUUGACAUUACUGUUGAUGUUCCGACAGAAGAGGAUCGAAAUUCACUGUUGAAUUUGGAGACAGGUAAAAAAGAUGAGCCUGGUGGCGAAGAUAAUGGAAAGCAAAAACAAAAUGAUCGGGAAGCACAGUACAAGGAACAUGAAGCUCAGCGUGCAGCAACAAGGCCAAAAUAUGAGGCAUUUUACGUUCUAGUUCCAUUGGUAAUUUUUGGAGCUCUUAUAACUUUCAUGUUGGUGAGAUCCAGAAGAAACAUCAUGUAUGCAAUUAGAGGUCCUCGUUACAGAAGGGUACAAGUUCAUCGCUGA